AUGAGGGGGAGUUCGGUGGGGUUGUGUUUUCUUGCUUUGACUAUAGCCCAUGUCACUGAGAUCCAAGCCAGAUGGGUCAGCAACCAUGUGAGCAGCAUCUGUAGCACAUGGGGCAGGGAGCACUUCAAGACGUUCGAUGGUGAUGUGUACCAGUUUCCUGGCAUGUGUGAAUACAACCUGGUCUCCGACUGCCAUGACACCUUCCCAGAGUUCUCUGUGCACAUGAAGAGGAAGGAAAGCGAUGGAAACCCGACAGUCAGUUAUGUGGUGGUCACCAUCAGCGAUUUUGUAUUUCACCUCAGCAAGGAUGUGGUCACUGUGAACGACCAGCCUGUCAAACUUCCACACUACCAGGCCGGAGUACAAAUGGAAAGAAAUGCAGUCUACAUCAAGCUCCAGUCCAAAGUUGGCAUCAUUGUCAUGUGGAACCUUGAUGAUGCAGUCAUGGUGGAAAUUGAUAAUGAUUACACUAACCACACUUGUGGACUUUGUGGAGAUUUCAAUGGUGUUCCAGUCUACAAUGAGUUCCUCCUUGAUGGUCGCAAAAUCAGCCCCAUUGAGUUUGGCAACAUACAUAAAGUCCAUCGUCCAAAUGAUGAGUGUGAGGACCCAUAUGAAGAGGAAGAUGUGUCACAGGAAGCUAUGAAUGUGCCAGAGUCAUGCAAAGAGUUUCAAAACACCUGUGAAGAGAUGCUGCAUGCAGAAACCUGGAGCUCCUGCGCCAAACUGAUUGACCCUGAGCCUUACAUUCAGGCCUGUGUGCAGGACAUGUGUGGCUGUACCAACCAUUCAGAUGACUUUUGUGUCUGCAGCACACUCUCUGAGUUCUCUCGACAGUGUUCCCAUGCAGGAGGGGAGCCUCCCAACUGGAGGACUUCUGAGUUCUGUGCCAAACAGUGCCCAUCCAACAUGGUUUAUGAAGAGAGUGGAUCCCCUUGUGUGGAUACCUGCACGCAUCAAGACACAAGCUCAUUCUGUGAGGACCACAAAAUGGAUGGCUGCUUCUGUCCUCCUGGAACUGUGUUCGAUGACAUUUCCAUGAGGGGGUGUAUUGCUCAGUCUGAAUGCCAGUGCAAGCAUGGAAAAAUCUAUGAAUCUGGUGAAGUUUACAGACAGGAGCGAGAGGAAUGCACAUGUUUUGAGGGUAGAUGGGCUUGUGAAAGUCUUUCAACACCUUCUACGUGUGCAGUUGAAGAAGGUUCACAUGUAACUACCUUUGAUGGGAAAGACUUCACCUUCCAUGGAGACUGUUACUACACCCUGGCCAAGGUGGAAAGAAAGGACGAUGCAAGCCCUAAGUUUACCAUUCUGGUCAAACUGGUACCAUGUGCACACCAAGAAUAUGACACCUGUCUGAAGACCCUCAAAAUCCUGCUGAACAAUGACAGAAACAAUGUGUUAACAUUCACUGCUGAUGGGACAGUAAAGCAGAAUAUGCAGAGUAUCACUUUGCCGUACUUCUCAGGGGAUAUCAGUAUAUUCCACGCUUCAUCCUUUCACAUCAUCCUCCAGACCAGUUUUGGUUUGCAAAUUCAAAUCCAACAUGUGCCCCUCAUGCAAGUCUAUGUCAGCCUGGAGCAGAGCUACAGAGAAAAGACACGUGGUUUAUGUGGAAACUACAACAUGGUCCUGUCUGAUGACAUGAACACUCGUCAGGGAAUUGUGGAGGGAAGUGCAGCAGCUUUUAGUAACUCCUGGAAAGCUAGCUAUAUAUGCCAAGACAGAGAAGAAAGACUUGAUGACCCUUGUUCUCUCAGUAUGGAAAAUGAAAUGUAUGCCAAACACUGGUGCACCUUGCUACGACAGCCAAAUAGUACCUUUGCAGAGUGCCAUUCUGUGGUGGAUCCUGAGAUUUACUACAAGCGAUGUACUUAUGCUAGCUGUAACUGUGAGAAGAGCGAGGACUGCCUGUGUGCUGUUUUCUCCUCCUAUGCCAGAGCUUGUGCAUCAAAGGGAGUGUUCUUGACAGACUGGAGAGAGAAUGUGUGCGACAAAUACACCAAGAACUGCCCAGCAUCUCAGACCUUCUCUUACAAACAUCAGAGAUGCCAGCUGACUUGCAGAUCAUUAAGCUUAAAGCAGCAGAGCUGCACUUCUGAUUUCUUACCUGUGGAUGGCUGUUCCUGCGCUGAGGGUCACUACCUAGAUGACAACGGCAUCUGUGUCCCAGUGGCAAAGUGUCCCUGUUACCAUAAUGAGGUCUACGUUAAGUCAGGCAAGUCCAUCAGCAUCAACAAUGAGCACUGCGUAUGCACCAACGGAGUUCUUCAUUGCCAUUCUGGGAGAAACCGCAUGUCAAAAUACUUCAACUGCUCCACUGCAAGCGCAGGAGUUGUUGGAGUGCAGUGUGCUCGAACUUGUUUAAAUCUGGACAAUGAUGAUUGUGAUGCCACAGAGUGUGAGUCUGGCUGUCGGUGUCCCAGUGGCCUCCUUGAUGAUGGUAAAGGUUUCUGUGUGAAAGAAAGUGACUGUCCAUGCAAACAUGAAGGCCAUCUCUAUGUCUCCGGAACACAAAUACCAAACCAGUGCAACACCUGUACCUGCCAAAGUGGAAAAUGGACAUGCACAGAGAAAAAAUGUCCAGGAACUUGCAUUAUUUAUGGAAGUGGUCACUACACCACAUUUGAUCAGAAAACAUAUGCAUUUCAAGGACAGUGUGGCUAUAUUGCUGUAAAGAACAACUGUGGCAAUAAAACAGUGCACAACAACUUUGGAGUUAUCACUGAAAAUGUACCUUGUGGCUCUACGGGCACUACCUGCUCUAAAAAAGUCAGAAUUCAGCUGGGGAGAAUGGAAAUCAAACUAUCAAGGGGAAGAUUUGAAGAGGAUGAUCUGGGACAUGGGCCUCUGAUCAAGCACACAAUAAGGAAGGUUGGCUUGUAUGUGGUUGUAGAAUCUGAGAUUGGUGUGGCAGUGAUGUGGGAUCGCAAAACAGCUGUUCGGAUCCUGCUGGAACCAGUGCACAGCGGAGAGGUGUGUGGUCUGUGUGGAAAUUUCGAUGGUGAUGGACAGAAUGACUACACCACCCAUGGUCAGCUGGUGGUGAGCAAUCCACUUGAAUUUGCAAACAGCUGGAAAGUGUCUAGCUCUUGUCCAGAUGUGGAGGCGAACAUCGAUCCUUGCACAGUGACAUCCGGUCGACAUCAGUGGGCAAAAAUGAUGUGUAGCAUCAUAAUUGGAAAAACAUUUAAAGAAUGCCACAGAAAGGUUAGCCCUGUUCCAUUUUAUGAAAACUGCAUGAAAGACUCAUGUGCCUGCGACACUGGAGGAGACUGUGAAUGUUUCUGCACAGCAGUUGCAGCUUAUGCUCAGGCUUGCAAUGAGCAUGAUGUUUGCAUUGCAUGGAGAACUCCGGAGAUCUGUCCUGUCUAUUGUGAUUACUACAAUGGCCCAGCGGAUUGCAUGUGGCACUAUAACCCUUGCCACCCUCCGUGCUACAAGACCUGUUUGAAUCCAGAAGGUGUAUGUUUGAAUCCGAUACCCACCCUGGAAGGCUGUUACCCAGUAUGCCCAAAAGAUAAGCCUAUAUUUGAUGAGAACAAAAAAACAUGUGUGGAUGUAUGUGAGCCAACUACAACAACACCUCUACCUACAACUACAACCUUACCUCCAACUACCACAACUACACCUACUACAACACCUAAAACUACACCUCCUAACACUACAACUACACUAACGCAACCGACUACCACAACUACUCCUCCUACUACAACAACACCCACACCCCCAACUACCACAAGUAUAACCACAAUCUCAUCGACUACUUGCAUUCCAGGUACCACAUGUGCGUGGUCAGGCUGGUAUGAUGUGGAUGAUCCAAAGGACAAAAGUGAUUGGGAAACAUACAAAAACAUCACAGAUAGUGGUCUUCAAAUAUGUGAAAAUAUUAAAGAUAUUGAGUGUAGAGCAGUAGAUUACCCGGACAAAACCUUUGAUGACUUUGUGGCUGAAACUGGCCAAGUUGUUACUUGUGAUCAGGACAUUGGUUUAAUAUGUAGGGCAGAAGACCAGACCAGACCACCAAGAAAGUGCUUUGACUAUGAGAUCAGGGUAUAUUGUUGCAACAUAUGUUCAACAACCACACCGCCUAGUACUACGACUACAUCGACACCUCUGAUUACUACAACCACACCAACACCUUCGACUACCACUACUACAACCACUCCUCCUACAACUACAACUACUCCUCCUACUACAAUUACACCCACACCACCAACUACCACAACUACACCCAACCACUCCUUCUACUACAACUACACCCACACCUCCAACUACCACAAGUAUAACCACAAUCUCAUCGACUACUUGCAUUCCAGAGCAGUAGAUUACCCGGACAAAACCUUUGAUGACUUUGUGGCUGAAACUGGCCAAGUUGUUACUUGUGAUCAGGACAUUGGUUUAAUAUGUAGGGCAGAAGACCAGACCAGACCACCAAGAAAGUGCUUUGACUAUGAGAUCAGGGUAUAUUGUUGCAACAUAUGUUCAACAACCACACCGCCUAGUACUACGACUACAUCGACACCUCUGAUUACUACAACCACACCAACACCUUCGACUACCACUACUACAACCACUCCUCCUACAACUACAACUACUCCUCCUACUACAAUUACACCCACACCACCAACUACCACAACUACACCGCCUACUACAACAACUACUCCGCCUACUACAACUACAACCACACCACCACCAACUACCACAACUACACCGCCUACUACAACUACAACCACACCUCCGACUACCACAGCUACACCUCCAACUACAACCACACCAACACCUCCGACUACCACAACUGCACCUCCAACUACGACAACUACAACCACACCUCCGACUACAGCAACCACUCCUUCUACUACAACUACACCCACACCUCCGACUACCACAAGUAUAACCACAAUCUCAUCGACUACUUACAUUCCAGGUACCACCACACCAACACCUUCGACUACCACUACUACAACCACUCCUCCUACAACUACAACUACUCCUCCUACUACAAUUACACCCACACCACCAACUACCACAACUACACCGCCUACUACAACAACUACUCCGCCUACUACAACUACAACCACACCUCCGACUACCACAAACCCUCCAACUACAACCACACCAACACCUCAGACUACAGCUACAACUACACCUCCUACAACGACAACUACUACUCCUACUACAACAACUACGACUACACCUCCUACAAGUACAUCUACUCCUCCUACUACAACUACACCCACACCACCAACUACCACAACUACACCUCCAACUACAACCACACCAACACCUCCGACUACCACAACUGCACCUCCAACUACAACAACUACAACCACACCUCCGACUACAGCAACCACUCCUUCUACUACAACUACACCCUCACCUCCGACUACCACUACUACAACCACUCCUCCUACAACUACAAUUACUCCUCCUACUACAAUUACACCCACACCACCAACUACCACAACUACACCGCCUACUACAACAACUACUCCGCCUACUACAACUACAACCACACCUCCGACUACCACAACUACACCUCCAACUACAACCACACCAACACCUCCGACUACCACAACUGCACCUCCAACUACAACAACUACAACCACACCUCCAACUACAGCAACCACUCCUUCUACUACAACUACACCCACACCUCCGACUACCACAAGUAUAACCACAAUCUCAUCGACUACUUGCAUUCCAGGUACCACAUGUGCGUGGUCAGGCUGGUAUGAUGUGGAUGAUCCAAAGGACAAAAGUGAUUGGGAAACAUACAAAAACAUAACAGAUAGCGGUCUUCAAAUAUGUGAAAAUAUUAAAGAUAUUGAGUGUAGAGCAGUAGAUUACCCGGACAAAACCUUUGAUGACUUUGUGGCUGAAACUGGCCAAGUUGUUACUUGUGAUCAGGACAUUGGUUUAAUAUGUAGGGCAGAAGACCAGACCAGACCACCAAGAAAGUGCUUUGACUAUGAGAUCAGGUACUACGACUACAUCGACACCUCUGAUUACUACAACCACACCAACACCUUCGACUACCACUACUACAACCACUCCUCCUACAACUACAACUACUCCUCCUACUACAAUUACACCCACACCACCAACUACCACAACUACACCUACUACGACUACAUCGACACCUCUGAUUACUACAACCACACCAACACCUUCGACUACCACUACUACAACCACUCCUCCUACAACUACAACUACUCCUCCUACUACAAUUACACCCACACCACCAACUACCACAACUACACCGCCUACUACAACAACUACUCCGCCUACUACAACUCCAACCACACGUCCGACUACCACAACUACACCUCCAACUACAACCACACCAACACCUCAGACUACAGCUACAACUACACCUCCUACAACGACAACUACUACUCCUACUACAACAACUACGACUACACCUCCUACAACUACACCUCCAACUACAACCACACCAACACCUCCGACUACCACAACUGCACCUCCAACUACGACAACUACAACCACACCUCCAACUACAGCAACCACUCCUUCUACUACAACUACACCCACACCUCCGGCUACCACAAGUAUAACCACAAUCUCAUCGACUACUUGCAUUCCAGUACUACGACUACAUCGACACCUCUGAUUACUACAACCACACCAACACCUUCGACUACCACUACUACAACCACUCCUCCUACAACUACAACUACUCCUCCUACUACAAUUACACCCACACCACCAACUACCACAACUACACCGCCUACUACAACAACUACUCCGCCUACUACAACUGACAAAAGUGAUUGGGAAACAUACAAAAACAUAACAGAUAGUGGUCUUCAAAUAUGUGAAAAUAUUAAAGAUAUUGAGUGUAGAGCAGUAGAUUACCCGGACAAAACCUUUGAUGACUUUGUGGCUGAAACUGGCCAAGUUGUUACUUGUGAUCAGGACAUUGGUUUAAUAUGUAGGGCAGAAGACCAGACCAGACCACCAAGAAAGUGCUUUGACUAUGAGAUCAGGGUAUAUUGUUGCAACAUAUGUUCAACAACCACACCGCCUAGUACUACGACUACAUCGACACCUCUGAUUACUACAACCACACCAACACCUUCGACUACCACUACUACAACCACUCCUCCUACAACUACAACUACUCCUCCUACUACAAUUACACCCACACCACCAACUACCACAACUACACCGCCUACUACAACAACUACUCCGCCUACUACAACUACAACCACACCUCCGACUACCACAACUACACCUCCAACUACAACCACACCAACACCUCCGACUACCACAACUGCACCUCCAACUACAACAACUACAACCACACCUCCGACUACCACAACUGCACCUCCAACUACAACAACUACACCCACACCUCCGACUACCACAAGUAUAACCACAAUCUCAGCUACAACUACACCUCCUACAACGACAACUACUACUCCUACUACAACAACUACGACUACACCUCCUACAAGUACAACUACUCCUCCUACUACAACUACACCCACACCACCAACUACCACAACUACACCCUACACCUCCAACUACAACCACACCAACACCUCCGACUACCACAACUGCACCUCCAACUACGACAACUACAACCACACCUCCAACUACAGCAACCACUCCUUCUACUACAACUACACCCACACCUCCGGCUACCACAAGUAUAACCACAAUCUCAUCGACUACUUGCAUUCCAGGUACCACAUGUGCGUGGUCAGGCUGGACAUUGGUUUAAUAUGUAGGGCAGAAGACCAGACCAGACCACCAAGAAAGUGCUUUGACUAUGAGAUCAGGGUAUAUUGUUGCAACAUAUGUUCAACAACCACACCGCCUAGUACUACGACUACAUCGACACCUCUGAUUACUACAACCACACCAACACCUUCGACUACCACUACUACAACCACUCCUCCUACAACUACAACUACUCCUCCUACUACAAUUACACCCACACCACCAACUACCACAACUACACCGCCUACUACAACAACUACUCCGCCUACUACAACUACAACCACACCUCCGACUACCACAACUACCCCUCCAACUACAACCACACCAACACCUCAGACUCCAGCUACAACUACACCUCCUACAACGACAACUACUACUCCUACUACAACAGCAACUACGACUACACCUCCUACAAGUACAACUACUCCUCCUACUACAACUACACCCACACCACCAACUACCACAACUACACCGCCUACUACAACUACAACCACACCUCCGACUACCACAGCUACACCUCCAACUACAACCACACCAACACCUCCGACUACCACAACUGCACCUCCAACUACAACCACACCAACACCUCCGACUACCACAACUGCACCUCCAACUACAACAACUACAACCACACCUCCGACUACAGCAACCACUCCUUCUACUACAACUACACCCACACCUCCGACUACCACAAGUAUAACCACAAUCUCACCUUCGACUACCACUACUACAACCACUCCUCCUACAACUACAACUACUCCUCCUACUACAAUUACACCCACACCACCAACUACCACAACUACACCAGCAGUAGAUUACCCGGACAAAACCUUUGAUGACUUUGUGGCUGAAACUGGCCAAGUUGUUACUUGUGAUCAGGACAUUGGUUUAAUAUGUAGGGCAGAAGACCAGACCAGACCACCAAGAAAGUGCUUUGACUAUGAGAUCAGGGUAUAUUGUUGCAACAUAUGUUCAACAACCACACCGCCUAGUACUACGACUACAUCGACACCUCUGAUUACUACAACCACACCAACACCUUCGACUACCACUACUACAACCACUCCUCCUACAACUACAACUACUCCUCCUACUACAAUUACACCCACACCACCAACUACCACAACUACACCGCCUACUACAACAACUACUCCGCCUACUACAACUCCAACCACACGUCCGACUACCACAACUACACCUCCAACUACAACCACACCAACACCUCAGACUACAGCUACAACUACACCUCCUACAACGACAACUACUACUCCUACUACAACAACUACGACUACACCUCCUACAAGUACAACUACUCCUCCUACUACAACUACACCCACACCACCAACUACCACAACUACACCGCCUACUACAACUACAACCACACCUCCGACUACCACAGCUACACCUCCAACUACAACCACACCAACACCUCCGACUACCACAACUGCACCUCCAACUACGACAACUACAACCACACCUCCAACUACAGCAACCACUCCUUCUACUACAACUACACCCACACCUCCGGCUACCACAAGUAUAACCACAAUCUCAUCGACUACUUGCAUUCCAGGUACCACAUGUGCGUGGUCAGGCUGGUAUGAUGUGGAUGAUCCAAAGGACAAAAGUGAUUGGGAAACAUACAAAAACAUCACAGAUAGUGGUCUUCAAAUAUGUGAAAAUAUUAAAGAUAUUGAGUGUAGAGCAGUAGAUUACCCGGACAAAACCUUUGAUGACUUUGUGGCUGAAACUGGCCAAGUUGUUACUUGUGAUCAGGACAUUGGUUUAAUAUGUAGGGCAGAAGACCAGACCAGACCACCAAGAAAGUGCUUUGACUAUGAGAUCAGGUACUACGACUACAUCGACACCUCUGAUUACUACAACCACACCAACACCUUCGACUACCACUACUACAACCACUCCUCCUACAACUACAACUACUCCUCCUACUACAAUUACACCCACACCACCAACUACCACAACUACACCACACCUCAGACUCCAGCUACAACUACACCUCCUACAACGACAACUACUACUCCUACUACAACAACUACGACUACACCUCCUACAAGUACAACUACUCCUCCUACUACAACUACACCCACACCACCAACUACCACAACUACACCCUACACCUCCAACUACAACCACACCAACACCUCCGACUACCACAACUGCACCUCCAACUACGACAACUACAACCACACCUCCGACUACAGCAACCACUCCUUCUACUACAACUACACCCACACCUCCGACUACCACAAGUAUAACCACAAUCUCAUCGACUACUUGCAUUCCAGAGCAGUAGAUUACCCGGACAAAACCUUUGAUGACUUUGUGGCUGAAACUGGCCAAGUUGUUACUUGUGAUCAGGACAUUGGUUUAAUAUGUAGGGCAGAAGACCAGACCAGACCACCAAGAAAGUGCUUUGACUAUGAGAUCAGGGUAUAUUGUUGCAACAUAUGUUCAACAACCACACCGCCUAGUACUACGACUACAUCGACACCUCUGAUUACUACAACCACACCAACACCUUCGACUACCACUACUACAACCACUCCUCCUACAACUACAACUACUCCUCCUACUACAAUUACACCCACACCACCAACUACCACAACUACACCGCCUACUACAACAACUACUCCGCCUACUACAACUACAACCACACGUCCGACUACCACAACUACACCUCCAACUACAACCACACCAACACCUCAGACUACAGCUACAACUACACCUCCUACAACGACAACUACUACUCCUACUACAACAACUACGACUACAUCUCCUACAAGUACAACUACUCCUCCUACUACAACUACACCCACACCACCAACUACCACAACUACACCGCCUACUACAACUACAACCACACCUCCGACUACCACAGCUACACCUCCAACUACAACCACACCAACACCUCCGACUACCACAACUGCACCUCCAACUACGACAACUACAACCACACCUCCAACUACAGCAACCACUCCUUCUACUACAACUACACCCACACCUCCGGCUACCACAAGUAUAACCACAAUCUCUACAACCACACCAACACCUUCGACUACCACUACUACAACCACUCCUCCUACAACUACAACUACUCCUCCUACUACAAUUACACCCACACCACCAACUACCACAACUACACCGCUUACUACAACAACUACUCCGCCUACUACAACUACAACCACACCUCCGACUACCACAAACCCUCCAACUACAACCACACCAACACCUCAGACUCCAGCUACAACUACACCUCCUACAACGACAACUACUACUCCUACUACAACAACUACGACUACACCUCCUACAAGUACAACUACUCCUCCUACUACAACUACACCCACACCACCAACUACCACAACUACACCGCCUACUACAACUACAACCACACCUCCGACUACCACAGCUACACCUCCAACUACAACCACACCAACACCUCCGACUACCACAACUGCACCUCCAACUACGACAACUACAACCACACCUCCGACUACAGCAACCACUCCUUCUACUACAACUACACCCACACCUCCGACUACCACAAGUAUAACCACAAUCUCAUCGACUACUUGCAUUCCAGGUACCACAUGUGCGUGGUCAGGCUGGUAUGAUGUGGAUGAUCCAAAGGACAAAAGUGAUUGGGAAACAUACAAAAACAUCACAGAUAGUGGUCUUCAAAUAUGUGAAAAUAUUAAAGAUAUUGAGUGUAGAGCAGUAGAUUACCCGGACAAAACCUUUGAUGACUUUGUGGCUGAAACUGGCCAAGUUGUUACUUGUGAUCAGGACAUUGGUUUAAUAUGUAGGGCAGAAGACCAGACCAGACCACCAAGAAAGUGCUUUGACUAUGAGAUCAGGGUAUAUUGUUGCAACAUAUGUUCAACAACCACACCGCCUAGUACUACGACUACAUCGACACCUCUGAUUACUACAACCACACCAACACCUUCGACUACCACUACUACAACCACUCCUCCUACAACUACAACUACUCCUCCUACUACAAUUACACCCACACCACCAACUACCACAACUACACCCUACAACUACACCUCCUACAACGACAACUACUACUCCUACUACAACAACUACGACUACACCUCCUACAACAACCACUCCUUCUACUACAACUACAUCCACACCUCCGACUACCACAAGUAUAACCACAAUCUCAUCGACUACUUGCAUUCCAGAGCAGUAGAUUACCCGGACAAAACCUUUGAUGACUUUGUGGCUGAAACUGGCCAAGUUGUUACUUGUGAUCAGGACAUUGGUUUAAUAUGUAGGGCAGAAGACCAGACCAGACCACCAAGAAAGUGCUUUGACUAUGAGAUCAGGGUAUAUUGUUGCAACAUAUGUUCAACAACCACACCGCCUAGUACUACGACUACAUCGACACCUCUGAUUACUACAACCACACCAACACCUUCGACUACCACUACUACAACCACUCCUCCUACAACUACAACUACUCCUCCUACUACAAUUACACCCACACCACCAACUACCACAAACACGCCUACUACAACAACUACUCCGCCUACUACAACUCCAACCACACGUCCGACUACCACAACUACACCUCCAACUACAACCACACCAACACCUCAGACUACAGCUACAACUACACCUCCUACGACGACAACUACUACUCCUACUACAACAACUAUGACUACACCUCCUACAAGUACAACUACUCCUCCUCCUACUACACCCACACCACCAACUACCACAACUACACCGCCUACUACAACUACAACCACACCUCCGACUACCACAGCUACACCUCCAACUACAACCACACCAACACCUCCGACUACCACAACUGCACCUCCAACUACAACAACUACAACCACACCUCCAACUACAGCAACCACUCCUUCUACUACAACUACACCCACACCUCCGACUACCACAAGUAUAACCACAAUCUCUACAACCACACCAACACCUUCGACUACCACUACUACAACCACUCCUCCUACAACUACAACUACUCCUCCUACUACAAUUACACCCACACCACCAACUACCACAACUACACCGCCUACUACAACAACUACUCCGCCUACUACAACUACAACCACACCUCCGACUACCACAAACCCUCCAACUACAACCACACCAACACCUCAGACUCCAGCUACAACUACACCUCCUACAACGACAACUACUACUCCUACUACAACAACUACGACUACACCUCCUACAAGUACAACUACUCCUCCUACUACAACUACACCCACACCACCGACUACCACAACUACACCUCCAACUACAACCACACCAACACCUCCGACUACCACAAGUGCACCUCCAACUACAACAACUACAACCACACCUCCGACUACAGCAACCACUCCUUCUACUACAACUACACCCACACCUCCGACUACCACAAGUAUAACCACAAUCUCAUCGACUACUUGCAUUCCAGGUACCACAUGUGCGUGGUCAGGCUGGUAUGAUGUGGAUGAUCCAAAGGACAAAAGUGAUUGGGAAACAUACAAAAACAUCACAGAUAGUGGUCUUCAAAUAUGUGAAAAUAUUAAAGAUAUUGAGUGUAGAGCAGUAGAUUACCCGGACAAAACCUUUGAUGACUUUGUGGCUGAAACUGGCCAAGUUGUUACUUGUGAUCAGGACAUUGGUUUAAUAUGUAGGGCAGAAGACCAGACCAGACCACCAAGAAAGUGCUUUGACUAUGAGAUCAGGGUAUAUUGUUGCAACAUAUGUUCAACAACCACACCGCCUAGUACUACGACUACAUCGACACCUCUGAUUACUACAACCACACCAACACCUUCGACUACCACUACUACAACCACUCCUCCUACAACUACAACUACUCCUCCUACUACAAUUACACCCACACCACCAACUACCACAACUACACCGCCUACUACAACAACUACUCCGCCUACUACAACUACAACCACACCUCCGACUACCACAACUCCUCCAACUACAACCACACCAACACCUCAGACUCCAGCUACAACUACACCUCCUACAACGACAACUACUACUCCUACUACAACAACUACGACUACACCUCCUACAAGUACAACUACUCCUCCUACUACAACUACACCCACACCAACAACUACCACAACUACACCGCCUACUACAACAACUACUCCGCCUACUACAACUACAACCACACCUCCGACUACCACAACUACACCUCCAACUACAACCACACCAACACCUCAGACUACAGCUACAACUACACCUCCUACAACGACAACUACUACUCCUACUACAACAACUACGACUACACCUCCUACAAGUACAACUACUCCUCCUACUACAACUACACCCACACCACCAACUACCACAACUACACCGCCUACUACAACUACAACCACACCUCCGACUACCACAGCUACACCUCCAACUACAACCACACCAACACCUCCGACUACCACAACUGCACCUCCAACUACAACAACAACAACCACACCGCCUAGUACUACGACUACAUCGACACCUCUGAUUACUACAACCACACCAACACCUUCGACUACCACUACUACAACCACUCCUCCUACAACUACAACUACUCCUCCUACUACAAUUACACCCACACCACCAACUACCACAACUACACCGCCUACUACAACAACUACUCCGCCUACUACAACUACAACCACACCUCCGACUACCACAACUACCCCUCCAACUACAACCACACCAACACCUCAGACUACAGCUACAACUACACCUCCUACAAUGACAACUACUACUCCUACUACAACAACUACGACUACACCUCCUACAAGUACAACUACUCCUCCUACUACAACUACACCCACACCACCAGCUACCACAACUACACCGCCUACUACAACUACAACCACACCUCCGACUACCACAACUAGCCCUCCAACUACAACCACACCAACACCUCAGACUACAGCUACAACUACACCUCCUACAACGACAACUACUACUCCUACUACAACAACUACGACUACACCUCCUACAAGUACAACUACUCCUCCUACUACAAUUACACCCACACCACCAACUACCACAACUACACCGCCUAGUACAACAACUACUCCGCCUACUACAACUACAACCACACCUCCGACUACCACAACUACCCCUCCAACUACAACCACACCAACACCUCAGACUACAGCUACAACUACACCUCCUACAACGACAACUACUACUCCUACUACAACAACUACAACUACACCUCCUACAACGACAACUACUACUCCUACUACAACAACUACGACUACACCUCCUACAAGUACAACUACUCCUCCUACUACAACUGCACCCACACCACCGACUACCACAACUACACCUCCAACUACAACCACACCAACACCUCAGACUACAGCUACAACUACACCUCCAACUACAACAACUACAACCACACCUCCGACUACAGCAACCACUCCUUCUACUACAACUACACCCACACCUCCGACUACCACAAGUAUAACCACAAUCUCAUCGACUACUUGCAUUCCAGGUACCACAUGUGCGUGGUCAGGCUGGUAUGAUGUGGAUGAUCCAAAGGACAAAAGUGAUUGGGAAACAUACAAAAACAUCACAGAUAGUGGUCUUCAAAUAUGUGAAAAUAUUAAAGAUAUUGAGUGUAGAGCAGUAGAUUACCCGGACAAAACCUUUGAUGACUUUGUGGCUGAAACUGGCCAAGUUGUUACUUGUGAUCAGGACAUUGGUUUAAUAUGUAGGGCAGAAGACCAGACCAGACCACCAAGAAAGUGCUUUGACUAUGAGAUCAGGGUAUAUUGUUGCAACAUAUGUUCAACAACCACACCGCCUAGUACUACGACUACAUCGACACCUCUGAUUACUACAACCACACCAACACCUUCGACUACCACUACUACAACCACUCCUCCUACAACUACAACUACUCCUCCUACUACAAUUACACCCACACCACCAACUACCACAACUACUCCGCCUACUACAACUACAACCACACCUCCGACUACCACAACUACCCCUCCAACUACAACCACACCAACACCUCAGACUACAGCUACAACUACACCUCCUACAACGACAACUUACAACUACUCCUCCUACUACAAUUACACCCACACAUACCACUACCACAACUACACCUGCAACUACAACAACUAUGACCACAAUUACAACUAUCACAACUACACCUCCUCCUACCACAACUACUCCUCCUACUACAACUACACCAACACCUCCGACUACCACAACUACAACUACAACCACACCAACACCUCCGAAUACCACACCUACACCUCCUACUACAACCACACCUACACCUCCUACUACAACCACACCAACACCACUGACUACAACUACACCUCCUACAACGACAACUACUACUCCUACUCCAACAACUAUGACUACACCUCCUACAAGUACAACUACUCCUCCUACAACAACUACACCAACACCUCCGACUACCACAAAUACACCUCCUACUACAACAACUACGACUACACCUCCUACAACUACCACCACUCCUUCUACUUCAAGUACACCAACACCUCCGACUACCACAACUACACCUCCUACAACAAUAACUUCAACUACACCUACUACAACUACUUCUCUUCCUCCACCAGACUUUUCAAUUUUUCACAAAAUGAGACCUUCUAUUUGUGCAACUGCACCAUGGCCAGAUGCAUAGAGAACAACACAAUAGAAAUUGUUCCAUAUGAAUGUCCACCGCUUCAAAACAUAAGUUGCACCAAUGGAAAGAAACCAGUUCUGGUGUAUGACGAGUACUACUGCUGUCAAUAUUAUACUUGCGACUGCGUAUGUGAAGGGUGGGGAGAUCCACAUUACAUCACGUUUGAUGGACUUUACUACAGUUAUCAAGGAAACUGUACUUAUGUUUUGAUGAAAGAGAUUUUACCAAUACAUAACUUGGAGAUUUAUAUUGACAAUGUCUUUUGUGAUCCAACUGAAGAUGUUUCUUGUCCACGAUCGAUAACAGUAUCAUAUGUAUCACACGUCAUCACACUCAUUAAUCAUAAUCUUAUUGGAGCUGCACAGCUGGAGGUACUGAAAAAUGGAGAAAGUUUGAACCUACCUUAUUCUCAACAAGGUGUUAAGAUCAUGAAUUCAGGCCUUAACCUGAUUUUAGAGAUUCCUCGACUAAAAGUAGUUAUUACAUUUGGAAUAACAGGCUUCAGUGUAACUCUUCCAUUCCAGUACUUUGGCAAAAACACACAGGGACAUUGUGGAACAUGCAACAAUAACCAGGCUGACGACUGCAUGUUGCCCGGAGGUAAGCUGGUGGAAAGCUGUGCAGUGAUGGCUGACUAUUGGCCUGUUGAAGACCUUUACCAGCCCAACUGCCCAACACCACCUGCACUACCUACCAGUGCACCUGAACCACCACCUACCUUAGCUCCAUGCAAACCAGACUCCAUGUGUGACCUACUUAAAGCUAGUCUCUUUGCAGAGUGCCAUCCAUUUGUCUCUCCAGAAAAUUUCUACAGAGGUUGCAUUUUUGAUAGCUGUCACGUUUCAAAUCCAACAGUGGAGUGCACAAGUUUACAGACUUAUGCUGCAGCCUGUGCUCAGGCUGGAAUUUGCAUUUACUGGAGGAACCACACCACACUGUGUGCUGGUGAAUGCCCAUUAGGCAAAGUUUACAAGCCUUGUGGUCCUGCAGAACAGCCAACCUGUGAGGACAAUCCAAGUGGACAAACUAUGAACUACACUACAGAGGGCUGCUUUUGUCCUGAUGGAAUGAAACUUUUCAACCAGGAGUCUGGAAUAUGUGUUGAAAAAUGUGGAUGUCUUGAUCCUGAGGGCAUUCCUCGUGAGUUCAAUGAAAGAUUUGAGUACAAAUGCCAGGACUGCAUCUGUGAAGAAUCCACCAAGACUGUGACUUGCAAGUCUAAGGUGUGCCCACCACCACCGGCCACUACAAACUGCUCUGCCCCUGGGUUUGUCCUUGUCAACCAGACCAGUCCAUCAGACCCCUGCUGUUCUACCUAUGUUUGCCAAUGUCAACCUAACACUUGCCCAGUCAGCAAUAUGAACUGUCCAAUUGGAUAUAAGCCAGUUGUCAGUGUCCCUGAUGGAAAAUGCUGUGCAGAACAUACAUGUGAACCUAAAAGAGUUUGUGUUCACAGAGAAACUGAAUACCAGCCUGGUUCUUCAGUUCCUGUGAUUGCAUGUCAGGAUUGUACCUGUGCCAAUGAGAUUGACCCAAAAUCUGGUCUAUUAAAAAUAAUUUGUGUGUUUCAACAAUGUAAAGAAAGCUGUGAACUGGGAUAUGAAUAUGUGGAAAGUGAUUCUGAUGAAUGCUGCGGGAAGUGUGUACAGACACACUGUGUUGUCAACAAUAAUGGAACCAAACAACUUUUGACUCAAGGAGAAACCUGGUCACCACCGGGGAAUAAAUGUGAACAUUACACCUGUGUCAAGAAUGGUGAGACUUUAACAGCAAGCCAUUCACAGACUGUCUGCCCACCAUUCCAAGAGAGCAACUGCCAACCCGACACGAUUCAAACUGCAGCAAACGGCUGUUGCAAAAUUUGUGUGGAGAAGGAGAAGGGAUGCAAGUUAAUGUCCAUGAAAACCCAUAUUACAGUCAACGGUUGUCAGUCUGCCCAGGAGGUAGAUAUGCCAUAUUGUGAAGGAUCCUGCAACACUUACACCAUGUACUCUGAAGCAGCAGCAGCGAUGGAGCAUUCCUGCUCAUGCUGUAAGGAGAUAAACUUCAGCAAUCGCACUGCUGACCUGGUCUGCUUGAAUGGAGACACGGUCCCCUACACAUACAUGUAUGUGGAGCAGUGUGGUUGUACCAAGACGGACUGCACCAGAGCUGGACAUCAUGUUCGCAGGAAGAGAAGCUUCACACUGCUGUGAUGAAACAGUCCAUCUCCAUUUUCACAGAUGUGACAUACAAU